AUGCGUCCAGAUGACGCCGAUGACGAGGCUCUCGAGCCGCUCGCUCGUGCAGCGUCUCAUGACGAGGACAUCGAUCUCGACCUGCCGACGCGUUCUCCGUCAGGUCCACUACCGACGCCAGAUGAUCUUGCCGCGUUCAUAAAGACCAACAAUCUGCAGUACAAACGUGACAUAUUCCAUCGGGCUGCGCUUUUGCUCCAGGGAGACACGCCGCCCACUGAAAUAGUUGGCAUCACGCCAGCCGAGCUCGAUGCACUGGAAGAUGAGGGGCGCCGAAAGAACAACCUCAUACUGGGAUUGAUCAACUCGGGCAUCUAUCUCAGCAAUGGUCUACUGGGUGCCUGGCUGGUCGCGCCAUUGAACAAGCACCUUGGUCGACGAGGCGCCGUAUUCUGGGCGACCGUAGUGAGCUUGCUCACAAACCUGGGAGGCCCGAUGACACAGAAUUGGCAGCAGCUGUUGUUCUUUCGACUUGUGCUGGGUUGCGCCUUGGGCGUGGUCAGCAGCACGCUCAACGUCUUUGCCGCAGAGUGCGCUCCAGCUGUUAUUCGAGGUGGUCUGGCUGUGUCGUGGCAAGCGUUCUGUGCAUUUGGUAUCUUCGUCGGCUUUGUCGCAAAUGUUGUCGAAUACGACUUCGGACCGAACACAUGGCGAUGGCAACUCGUCGGACCCGUGCUGACCACGAUUCCACUGCUAGCCUUGAUCUGCGUGGGAUCUGGCAUAUCAAUCAUUAUCAAGGUUGAGGAAUACAGAGUUACAGGCAGCGAAGGAGCUCUACACGUCACAUCUGCGGCGCGGCGAGAGAAGCUUGGUGAGCAGCUCUCCUACGUCGGACAGCUUCGGGAAUUGUUCACGGUUCCGCGGAUCAGGCGAGCAACGAUUGCGGCAUACAGCGUCAUGGUAUGCCAGCAAUUGUGCGGCAUUAACAUCAUCUCCUUUUACUCCUCCACCAUUUUCGCCGACGCCAACUUCUCUACGUACGGCGCUCUCAUGGCCUCCACGAUCUUCGGACUUGUCAACUUCCUUUUCGCCUUCCCAGCUGUCUGGACCAUGGAUACACUUGGCCGCCGCUCGCUCCUGCUUCUUACAUUGCCAUUCAUGGCUAUCACAAUGUUCCUCGCAUCCUUGGCUUUCAGCAUCCCGGAAGCAAAGCAUCCAGAUCUUAGGCUCGGCCUGCUGGCCAGCAUGAUCUAUCUGUUCUGCGCGCUGUACUCGCCCGGCAUGGGCCCUGUACCGGCAGCGUACGCCGCAGAGGUGUUCCCUCUCAGUCAUCGCGAGUUGGGCAUGAGUUCCGCGCUUCUGUCUGCACUCGGAUCACAGGGAGCAUUUGGACUGUAUGCAGCGCUGAAUGUCGUGGCCUUAUUGGUUGUGUUCCUGUUCGUGCCGGAGACCCGACUGAUGACCUUGGAAGAGCUCGACGGAGUGUUUCGUAUCAGCACGAGGAAGUUCAUACAUUAUCAGUGUGUAGAGUAUUUGCCAUGGUGGACGAGGAAGUAUGUGAUGCGGGAGAAGGGGCAAGAAGUGCCGCAGAUGGCCAACGACGAUGCAGGGUACCGCGAGGUUGAGCAAGAGGACGAGUUCUCCUAA